CCCGCAAUGGAACUUCCGGGGCGGAGCAUUCCAAGACUUUCCCUUCGGCGGAAAUAUGUGGCCCGCUCAUACCCUGCGAAUAGGUCUGGCCACCACUUGCAUCACCCUGAGCCGCUGCUUGCAGCUAGGGGCAGCCAUGGCCAAGAGCAAAUUCGAAUACGUUCGGGAUUUCGAGGCUGACGACACCUGUUUACCCCACUGCUGGGUGGUGGUGCGGCUGGACGGCAGGAACUUCCACCGGUUUGCUGAGAAACACAACUUUGCAAAACCUAAUGACAGCCGUGCUCUCCACCUAAUGACCAAAUGUGCCCAGACUGUAAUGGAUGAGCUGGAGGAUAUUGUGAUUGCAUAUGGACAGAGUGAUGAGUACAGCUUUGUGUUUAAGCGGAAAAGCAAUUGGUUUAAAAGAAGAGCCAGUAAGUUUAUGACUCACGUGGCUUCCCAGUUCGCCUCUAGCUAUGUGUUUUAUUGGCGGGAUUACUUUGAGGACCAGCCUCUUCUGUACCCCCCAGGCUUUGAUGGAAGAGUCGUGCUAUAUCCUAGCAAUCAGGCCUUAAAGGACUACCUCAGCUGGCGGCAAGCUGAUUGUCACAUCAAUAACCUUUAUAAUACUGUGUUCUGGGCACUGGUGCAGCAAUCUGGCCUGACCCCAGCACAAGCCCAAGAGAGAUUACAGGGAACUCUUGCAGCAGACAAGAAUGAGAUUUUAUUUUCUGAAUUCAAUGUCAACUACAAUAAUGAGCCACUGAUGAACAGGAAAGGCACUGUGUUGAUAUGGCAAAAGGUGGUUGAAGUCAAGACAAAAGAGAUUAAACUGCCAGUAGAGAUGGAAGGAAAAACAAUGACUGUGACCCGGACCCGGACCCGACCGGUACCUUUGCACUGUGAUAUCAUUGGGGAUGCUUUCUGGAAGGAACAUCCAGAGAUUCUAGAUGAAGAUAGCUGACCCUCUGCUCUUCAAAACUGCUGUACUUAACCUUACAAGUCCUCCAAGACACUGACCUUAAGAGGCACUGGCAUUUUUGCCACCCACACCCAGUGUGCUAAAAGUGGCAAGCCUUGUUGGGCGGGGGACAUGGGAAAAAGGGUUGGGGGGGUGCGUGUCUUGUUAUGUUUUAAGUGGAACACUUUUCUCACAGUGUGGGAAAAUGAUCCCUUCAAAAGAAGUGCAUUUUAAAAAAAUUGUGGUACUAUUUUUAUAAAGUAAGAACUAUAUCAUGCCUUGCAGAAUGAAUCAUUUUUAGAUUGUGGCACAGGUCUUAUAAAAACCUGCCAAGCUCUUUUCUGUAACAGAAGAGGAAUCCAAACUUCACUGUUGUACUCAAGUAGAGAAGCCAGUGACCUUAAAAAUCUCACCUUUCGUGGCCAUGUACUUGGGUUUGGAUUUAUCUCUGACAGACCUGAAGGUAAAUACAGGUUGAUUCCUGUAUGAUGCCUCUGAAUCCAGCAAUUCCAGGGAAACUUGGCUUUGUGCUGACCUCCAAGUAAGCAACUUGUACUGAACAUGAGCAGUAGUUUGGAUGCCCCUGUAUAGACAUCCCCUAGACCCAUUUUGUGAGUUCUUAGGAUUAUCAUAGCCCUGCUGCCCUGGGCAUUGUUUCCAAGGCACCACUUGCCUCUGAGAAAAAAAUAUAUAUGAGAAUAAAUGAAUGGAGAGGGAGAAACCUUCACUCAUUAUCUUCUGGUUGUUUUAAAGGCUCCUUUUGUGUUGAAUUUCGUGGAAAAGAUUUUGGGAGAUUAGGAUACAAUCAAAAUAAUGACAUUUGGAGAGAACUUAACACCCCCCUCAAGGACACAGGUGGCAGGUAUCAAAGAAACCCUAACAAUUUCACUUCUUAAUAGAUCAGUGGGAUGGAUGGAUGGAUGAGAAGUAACAGAGCAGCAGGAAUCUGGUUCUAGAAUUGAAGUACUAGGAGGUGGGUAGUGGAGAGAACUCAACAGCAUUUGCCUCUUGUCCUUGUUUCACAUUUUAGAGGAAAAGGAGUGAUUUGGCUCUAUUAAGACUUAAUUAAGAGAAAGCCCAUAUCCCAGUGGCUGGCUUUGCACUGUAGAAUUCACAGCCAAGAAGAAAAUGUAUUUUUGAAAGGAUGAUGGCUGGUCUCAUCCCUCACUAACUGACAACCCCAUCUGUUGAGGCCUUUUUUCUCCUUCCUGUCCUCCCCCCCCCAUAGGAAAUAUGGUUCAUGUUUGGUAAUUAAAAAAAGAAAAGAAAAA